AUGAAGGAAAAUGACAAAAACGAAUAUGGGACCUUUCCAAUAACUAUAAAUGAAAAUUAUGGAGAUCAAAUUGGCGAUUUAAAAUAUAAAAAUUUUUACAAGUCAUUAUAUGAAAAGAUUAAAUUAGCACUUUUAUUUAUAACAUGGUAUACGUUAAAUGUUUUUUACAAUGUUGAUAAUAAAAAAAUAUUAAAUAUUACAAAAUUACCAUGGACAGCUAGUUGUGCUCAAUUAUUUAUUGGCUGGAUAUUUAUAUCAGCAUAUUGGGGUACUGGAUAUAAAAAAAUUCCCAAAAUUUUUUCAUAUGAAUUAUUUUUAAAAAAUAUAAUAAUUCAGAGUAUAUGCCAUAAUAUGGUUCAUUUUGGAGCUGUUAUCGCAAUGUCAUCCACAUCAGUUUCAUUUACGCAUGUUGUUAAAGCAUGUGAACCCGUAUUUACAGCUAUAUUAUCUAUUGUAUUAUUAAAACAUUAUUUAAAAUUUAGUAAAUAUGUAUGCCUUAUAAUUAUUGUUGGAGGUGUUAUAUGUGCUAGUGUUAAAGAAAUACAUUUUACUAUGUUUGCUUUUGUUUGUGCACUAAUAUCAAAUCUCGGAUCUUCCUUAAGAUCAAUUUAUGCAAAAAAAAUGAUGAUAAAUAAAUCAUCAAUUGGAGAUAAUUUAACAGGAUCAAAUAUUUAUGCUUUUAUAACAAUUUUUUCUGCAUUAAUAUCUUUACCAGUAGUUUUAAUAGUUGAAGGAAAACAGGCUUAUAAAUUUAUAACAGAAUUUGAAACCACACAAUCAAAACAUACACUAAAUGAAAUAUAUAUAAGAUUAAUUUUAAGUGGUGUGUGGUAUUAUUUAAAUAAUGAAGUGGCAUUCAUGUGUCUAGAAAGAGUUAAUCAAAUUACACAUGCUGUUGCUAAUUCAUUAAAAAGAAUUGUUAUAAUAGUUUCCUCAAUUAUUAUAUUCAAAACACAAAUUACUUUUCUCGGAGCUGCAGGUUCAGCUGUUACAAUUAUCGGGGCAUUCCUUUAUUCUAUUAUUUAA